AUGUAAUGUAUAGAUCUAUUGAAUAUACGCCACCUGAAGAAGUAUUACUGGAUUUUAAAAUUGAUACUUGGUUGUUAAGGGUAAUCUUAUUUUAUUUAACUAUUUUAAACAACAUAAGAAUUAUUACAUGGUUCAUUUCCAUUUGAUUAUAAAGAUUAACAAAAAUUGAUUAAAAUAUCUUACAAAUCAAUUAAUAAUUUCUCGAAGAAAUUACAUUAGCGAAUUUUUCACCUUUACAGCUUCAACUAUUAGCACCCUAAAAGUAAGUUAAUCUAUUAAAUUCUUUAGCAUCUGCACAUAGAGUUUUUGAAAUAUAUCCAUCCCAAGUCUUUGUAAUACAAUUAUUUACAAUAAAAGACAAGUCAUAAUUUCAUCCUAAAAUUGAUGAUUAAUUAGAAUAUUAGUAUUGCCAUUUUAAUAGGGGAACAGAACCUCCUCCAAAAAUUGUGAUUGAUACUUGGUAAUCAUUACCCAAUCGAUCUCCUUAAUAAGGAGAUCAAAUUAGAUCAUAUAAUUUUAAUUAUUCAUAAGUUUAAAAUCAUGAUCAAAUUUGUUUCGUCAAAAUGAUAUUUUUCAUUUUAUUAUUACAAAAAUAGAUAAAUUAAGUUAUGAUUAGUUUAAUUUAGUGUAAAUACAUUCUCUGCAGGGACUUCUACAUUGUCAAAAUAAAUAGGUCCUGUAUCAGAACAUUUCAUUCCAAUUUUAUCUAAUUUUUUACCUCUUGA